AUGGCGGGUGGCGACCAGACCUGCGAGUGGUUGGCCCUGAACCAAUCGAGCUUGUGGAGUAGUCCGCUCGCCGCUCUCAAACUCCCAGAGGCGAAGGUUGUGGGUCUGGAACAGCCUGAGGACGACACGGAGGGACAGCAGCCGGCUCGAGGCGGCGAGCACGUCGAGCAGGUCCUCGGCCAGCUUUGUCCAGAUCCAGGCGCUGCCGUGGCGGCCGCGGCCGAGGUCGAUGCGCAGGUCGACGUGGCGCAGGUUCUGAAGCGUCGCGCGCCCGAUGAAACUGGACACGCGCAUCGGGUCAGCGGCGCCGGGGACCCAGGGCGGGAUGCGGUCGACGGUCAGGAUGCGUGUCUGUAG